AUGGCGUCAGCAAAAACUCGCGUCGACGAAACGAGCUUUCACGUGGCAAUAGUAUGCGCCCUCCCUCGUGAGGCUGCCGCUGUUACUUUACUCUUCGACGAAAUCUGGACGAAAAUGAGCGACGAUGGAAAGGGUGACGAGCAGAAUACAUACCUCACCGGUCGCAUUGGACAGCACAAUGUCGUCUUGGCCACUCUACCUGGUAUGGGCACAAUCAAUGCGGCUAGAGUUACUGUCAAAAUGAGGUGGAGGUAUAGGAGGCUGAGACUUGCACUGCUUGUCGGCAUCUGUGGCGGUCUGCCUCGCAUCAUGAACAGGGAUGCCUUCCUUGGAGACGUUGUGAUGAGCAAAUCUGUCGUCCAAUAUGAUUCCGGCAAACAGUAUCCCAACCACUACAUUAUCGACAAGAACGUUCAGGACAAGCUCGAAAGUCCCUAUAAGGAGAUACGAUCGUUGAUUGCGGCGUUUGAAACAGAAAUGGUCGAUCACAGACUAGAGCGAGCUGCCAUAAGGCACCUGAAACAUUUGCAGAACGUUGCAAGGAAAGACAAGAGCGGUCCCAACUAUCAAUAUCCCGGAGCGGUGAACGACAAGGUGUAUCCCCCAAAUUACCAUCACAAGCACAGGAACUCAUGCAGCGAAUGCGCCAAGAGUCCAAAUGCCGUUUGUAUGCCUGGAAUCAGGACCUCUUGCAUCGAUAUCGGGUGUGACCCCUCUCAAUUAAUUCAACGACAUCGGACUACAAAUCUUCCUGCAGGUGCAGAUUAUGUUCCUCAACUCUUCAUUGGUAGAAUUGGUUCAGGCAAUUCCGUUAUAAAAAGUGGCACAGAUCGCGACGACAUGGCAUCCAAAUAUGGUAUAAUUGCGUUUGAGAUGGAAGGCGCAGGCAUGUGGGAAAAUAUUCCUUGCAUUGUAGUCAAAGGAAUUUGCGACUAUGCCGAUACUCACAAAAAGAAAGACUGGCAAGACUACGCCUCUGCUACAGCCGCUUCAGUUGCUAGAGCCAUCUUGGAGCGCUAUCCGCUGGCUGAUAGUGAUGCAUCGUCAGCUCCAAUAGGAGACUUGCGUCGUGUCAACCAGCGUAGCGUCGCUAACAAUUCUGCUGGUGGUGGAACGGGGGCUAAUCAGGGCGAUGUUACAGGUAAUUCGACUUCCAUGCCUGGUUCCAGUCAAGCUCCAGGACAGUACGACCCCAGAGAUCCCUCGCGAUUUCCAGUCAAACGGUAG